CUCUCCCCACCCGCCAACAGCACACGCCAUUCUCCUGCGGAAGACCACGCACAUUUUCAGGCACAUCACCAUCGGGCAUGGCCAAUGUGGAGCUGAGUGAAGGCACCAUCCAGGUGCGGGGCCAGAGUCUUUUCUUCAGAGAGGCCCGGCCUGGCAAUGGGCAGGCUGUCCGCUUCUCUGUGCUGCUGUUACAUGGUAUCCGCUUCUCCUCUGAGACUUGGCAGAACCUGGGUACUCUGCAUAGGCUGGCUGAGGCUGGCUACAGGGCUGUGGCCAUUGAUCUGCCAGGUCUUGGGCGAUCCAAGGAAGCAGCAGCCCCUGCCCCUAUUGGGGAACUGGCCCCUGGCAGCUUCCUAGCUGCCGUGGUGGAUGCCUUGGAGCUGGGAUCCCUAGUUGUGAUCAGUCCAUCAUUAAGUGGCAUGUAUGCACUACCCUUCCUCGUGGCCCCUGAGUCCCAGCUCCGGGGCUAUGUACCGGUGGCUCCUAUCUGCACAGACAAGAUCAAUGCUGCUGACUACGCCCGUGUGAAGACUCCGACUCUCAUUGUAUAUGGAGACCAGGACCCCAUGGGCUCCUCCAGCUUUCAACACCUGAAGCAGCUGCCCAACCACAGAGUGCUGGUCAUGGAAGGGGCAGGGCAUCCCUGUUACUUGGACAAGCCGGAUGAGUGGCAUACGGGGCUUCUGGACUUCCUGCAGGAGCUAGCUUGAGACUGAGUCCGGCUGAUAGGGACGACAGACUGACUGCCUGCUCUAGGAUCUCUUGCUGUCUUCUGGUCUCUGGCUUGUGCCUCACCUGCAACAGGUCUGUCUAUGCAUCUGUCUGUCUUGCUGUCCUUUCUGCUUUUCUCUCGCAGUGACAGAUCAGAUCAAGGAGGUAAAAUCAAGUGGGAAAAGCCUUGGAUUCAAGGAGAGAUCUCUGAUUGUGGGUAAUCCAUGAGCUUCUCCUACAGGCUUCCGCUUGGCUCUCACUCCUGCCUUACUUUACUUUCUGGUCCAUCUCCCUCUUGAGCUGCUCUACAGAGAAGUCCAUUCCUUUUGCUCCCCUACCCUUAAGGCCACAUAUAACACGAGUGUAUGCUUGUUUAGAUUUAUCCCACACCCAAACAGAACCUCUCCCUUGGGAGCAGCACAGGGGUCCACAUGAUUGGCCCAAUGCCACGUUCUUGUGUAGCAUUGCAUCUCACGCUGACACAGGUACAUGUGCUGUUCCCCCGAACGAAGGAGGGAGCCUUUUAAGAGAUUCAUUUGCCAGAAUAAAAAUGUAAGCACCCCUAGGAGGGAGCCUUUUAAGAGAUUCAUUUGCCAGAAUAAAAAUGUAAGCACCCCUUAGGUUUCUCUUACUAACCCCUUGCAACUGGUCCCAGACCAGAAUUGCUUCCUCAGAAGGGAAGGUGCACCUCUCUGCUUUUCAACCUCCCCGUUUUUCUUUUCCCCUUCUUCUUGGGGGGCUGCACGCCUCCCCUGGUCAUCAAGCAUGAAUCUUCUCAGCCAAGCCCAUUUCCUGCUCUGAGGUUUGGGAGUGGGAUAGGGAGACCGACUACGGAGGUCCCUGGAAUAAAGUGAUACAAUUAGA